GCCUCCCGUCGCUGACGUCGCCGAGCGAGGAGCGGAAGUGUCCGUGCAAAGUGGAGAAAUGAGAGGAGCGUCGAGGAGGAGACAGAAUUUGUCGUCACCAGGGCAAAUCCCGAAAACCACAGAGCCGGUAAACGUAAAAACCAAUACACCACGAGAUUUUUCUGCAGAAACCAAUGCAGAUUCAUUUUCAUUGUUGAGAAUCUGUUCUCGCCUUAUCUCAGUUUUAAAAUACUUUCUUCUAAUCGUCGUGAUUCCACCAUUCCUAAAUUAUGCAUCUCUCCAGAGAGAAGGAACAUUGCUUCAGCCUCAAGAAGGUCAGCUAAUUGACAUUGGACAUGGUCAAAAAUUGUAUUUGUCCUGCACUGGGAAAGGACAACCUGUUGUAAUAUUUGAUGCUCCCACUGGUAUGUCUUCUGAUGUAUGGCUCUCGAUUCAAAAGGAUGUGUCCCUCAUAACCCAGGCUUGUAUAUAUGAUAGAGCUGGGCUUGGCUUCAGUAAGAAAACAUUCCAGUCUGAAGAAAUUAGACAGGAUAAACCAUGGACUCAGUCAACAACUGGAAGAAUGGUAGAUGAUCUACACGGACUUAUUAAGGAAGCUAAGCUGCAGAGCCCCUUUGUACUUGUGGGAUCGGAACUUGGGGCACUCAAUGCAAGAUUUUAUGCCCACAUUCACAACUGGGAGGUGUCUGAUCUUGUCCUCAUCGAUCCAAUCCCUGAAGAGCUAUUCAUGGAAGACGUAUGGUUGCAAUACUGGUACAAAGAACUGAUCUCGUAUCAUCAGAUUCUACAGUUCUCUGCUGCGAUAGGUUUAAAUCGAAUGCUUUUAAUCACAGGGCUGUUGCAACCAGCAAUUACAGGGGAAAAUAUCUCUUCGGAGUUUGUGAUGAGACAGAAAUACUUGCUGAGCAAUCCAGCCCAUCUGAGUACAGCUGUAGAUGAACACUUCUUUAUCAAUGAGAGCAUCUCCCAAGUCAGAGACAUUUCACAGUUUAAACCUCUGUCCAGUGCAACUUCUGUAACGAUGAUCACAGGAGAACUUUAUGAUGAACAGCUUCCUGAUUCUCUGAACAAGGUCGUGUUCCAGUUUCAGCAACGAUUCAGUGCACAGAAUUAUCCCUCGGUCAAAUGGAUCAAAAUUAAAGGGGCAGACAGACGGAUGAUCUACAGAAAUCCCACUGAUGUCAUAAAACAGCUUAAAAAAAUUAUAAAUAAAAAGAGGGUCAAGCAGGAGAGUCAGUAACUUCGCCUGAGUAUUAGGCCAUGUCCAUUGAUUCAUUGACAGCAUCUGAAGAAGAAUAUCAUAAUUGAGAAUCAAGAUAAAGAUGGCAUUUUCAAGCAUGUAAGUGUGGAGAAACACUGGAUAAAGUAACAAGAAUGGGUAGCUCAGCUGGUUGAUAGUUGGGUUAAGUUUGUUUCCAAUCUUGGCAAUUUGUUUGCAAACAUUCCAUCACCAUAUGAGGAGACCGUGAGUAUGUUGCUUUGGAUUUCCAGUAUCUGCAGAUUUUCUUGUGUUUGUGCUUCUAGGAGUUCUCUUGCAUGCCGCGUGUUUGCUUGCGCCAUGACUCAUUGAUGCCUAGUUGAAUUUAUGUCUCUCUUGAUCUUCAUGGGACACUAGGGAGACUUGGUCAUGUCGCUUUGCAGCCAAUUGAUAUUUAUGGAUCCUUGUGGAUAGUUUUCUCCCAGUUGGACUGACGUAAUAUUUGCUGCAGUCCCUGCACUAGAUUCUGUAGUCUACAUUGGUCUUGUUCAAUAGCUUUGCUCUUUAAAGAUCCAGUCAGCAGAUUGGUAAGUAUAUAAAGGCCAAGCAUUCGGAGAACAUAUCACAAUUAACAGUGCACUGAUGUCUCCUUGUACACUGAUGAAAUAUUUGCAAGUAAAUUGCCAAGAUCAGAGGACAACUCAACCCAACUAACAGAAGAUUUCGCCUCCUGAAAAAUUGUGUGAAAGUCUUUAAGAAAUGCAAUACAGGCAAAUGAAGGAACUGCUGUAACAAAUUGAUUAGCAGUUUUCCUUAAGUUUAAAGUGGCACUCUGUUUUGUUUAAUGUGUAUAAGGUUUAGAUGUGCAACUUUUCAUAUGCAUUACACACAUACUGUUACUACAAGGAGAAAGAAAUAUAAUUAAUGUGUUUUGCACUAAUUUGGGCAGCUACCUGUCUGCAGGAAUAACAGGUUGGCUUCUUUGUAUCUGUCACCCAGGUCUAACGAUCAGAUUCGUCACUGUAGAAAGUUUCCUAGCUUUCUUGGCAUUUUCUGAUCUAAUCAGACCAUUAUAAUUUAUACAAAAAUUGUUGUCUAUCUCAGUAGUUGUGACAGCUGAAUUCCCUGGCCAAGAGCUAUGUUUCUGAGAAUACAGUGAUUCUGAUGUGACUAAUACUGACAUCGAGGUAAUCAUGUUUCUGAAUGGACAACCGUCUUUUGGGUAGCAUUGCCUUGGAGUAUGGGUGGUCAAUCAUUUGCAAUAAAGAAAUAUUGGAGAGAGUUCAUUGUCUCAAGGCAAUUAUUUGCACAA